CUCUCUCUCUCUCUCUCUCUCUGUUUGUCUGUCCACACACACACUCACCCACUCUCUCUCUCUCUCUCUCUAUCUAUCUGUUCUAUACACACUCACUCACUCUUACACCACCGCAUUGAAUAAUUGGAAAUACGAAAACUAGAACAGGGUUAGGUCAAAGGUCAAAAACUGAGCUAAAGGAAGGCCAUGGUUCCACAAAAGCAGACUUUUAGAGUUAAACGACUUACCGUACCACGCCAUAUUUAUUUCAGUGUACAAGGUCUGAAGGGUAAGCAUUUUGACAUUUUAAGUCUAAGAAUUUAAUUCAGCAGGUUCCUGGAACCGGUUUGGUCAUUGCUCGGGCAAACCGGUUGAUAAGUGUAGCAUAUUCUAUCUAACCGGUUGUCAAAUGUAGCAAAUUCUACCAAAACGGUUUAUAAAUUUAUUACAUUUUAUCUAACUGGUUGUUAAAUGUAGAAUAUUCUACCAAAACGGUUGAUAAAUGUAGUAUAUUUUAUCUAAGCGGUUUUUAAGAAUGUAAAAAAUAAAACAGAUUACGCAAAUAGCGUGGCGUCUAUUCUAUAACCGACGAGUAUCGAAAGAUUAUUGCUUGAUUGUCAGCACACCACUGAUCACAUUGCAUACCACUUCCAGUGAAAUACAUAUCAGUAACUUGAGUUUUGCACGCCUUGUAACCAAAUUAUGAAAUAUAAUUAUUUUUUAUUAUUUGUACAUGUAAUUCAAUUUUUUAAGUGUUCAGGAUAUUUCAAAUCUUAGAUGGACUUCCUCUCGUUUAGUUCUCUGUGUUGAAAAAGGAAGAUAGAAAACCGUUUUAGACAAGCUGUGCACAUCUAGACCAGAUUGAUAAAGUAGACUGUUAGGUAUGACGCCUUCCCGGUGCGUGAACUUUGCUCGACCCCAAAUUAGAUACCUAGCACACGCUACGUUCAUAGAUGGGCGUGGCUUAUCUCUUUGAUGUAUCAUGUUUACUACCGACUACCAAUUAAACACGGUUAGUCUGUCUCCUAGUAUCUUGUCGAAUGAUCGCGAUUUGUUCUAGAAACGUAAACAAAUGCUGAGUAGUUUCUGGAAGGCAGUGCUUACGUUGCAUAUAUAAAGGGAUUGAAAGACACGGAGAGAGAGAGAGAGAUUCAGAAGGAUAUUUUUAACUUUACGAGACGUAUAUUAUUCUUGGUGUGCUUAUAUCUGUUUGAAUUCGUCAUUAUUAAUUGGCACAUUGUAUUAAUUGUGUACCGGUACAAGAUUUUCCAAUAUUCUGUAAGUUGAUGAUUUGUAAUUAUAUUUUUUGUGCUUUGUAAUUGUAUUAUUACUAAAUUAAAUCUUAUUAAUUGUAAUUGGUACUGUUUUGGGUGUCGUAUUUUUGUUAUUGUAUUUCUCUAUGGUAUCGUCCUUUGUUAGGCACUGUUUGAACGAGCCAUAAAAUUAAAAUAGGAGAUUAAUUUCUCACAAUAGAAGACAGUGCGUAACAUAGACAAGCUGUGCACAUCUGGACGAGAUUGAUAAAGUAGACAAGCUGUGCACAUUUGGACGAGAUUGAUCAAGUAGACAUGCAAGCUGUGCAUAUCUUGACCAGAUUGAUAAAGUAGACAAUCGGUGCACAUCUGUGCCAGAUUGAUAAAGUAGACAUGCAAGCUGUGCAUACUGUUACGCACUGACUUAUAUUGGGAGAAAUUAAUCUCCUAUUUUAAUUUUAAUUGGCUCGUUGUAAACAGUGCCUAACAAAGGACGAUACCAUAUAAUCAACAAUAUUAAAGAUACGACCCAAAACAGUUUCUAGUCACAAUUAAUUACGAUUUAUUAUGUCUUAAGAUAAUUACAAAAUAAAAUAAAAUAAAAUUACAAUCUUCAACUUACAGUAUGGUAGAUCUCGUACCGGUACACAUUUAAUACCAUUAGAAAUAAUGAUGCCAAUAAAUAAUGCGAAAUAAACACAUAUAAGUAGGAGCACACAAAUACACAAAAGAAUAAAACACGCCUCGUAAUGUUAAGAAAAUCUAGGUGAAAAAUCUCCCUCGUCGUGCCUGUCAAUCCCUUAUAUAUAUGUGGAGUAAGAUGCUUCGAGAAGGGCUUAUGACGUGUUGUUUACAUAUCUCGGGUUAAGGAGUAUAUUCCAGAAAUUACCCGAAAACAAUCUACCCAAUGCGUAAUUGGAAGCCGACUGUAAACAAGAUACUUCAAAGACCUAAGCCACACCCCUUUGUGAACACAGCGUCUCAUGCGGGGUCAAUCAGAGGGCACGCACGAGAAAUAUGAUGUAAACAAGCUCUCUAUAACACCUCCCCUCUUAAAAGAAAAAAAUUUCAUUGUUCAAAAAUGGAAUUCUUUUUCCAUUAAAAUUGAAGAAAGUACAUUUCUUACUCUCAAAAUAUUAGACAAAAAACUUCUUAACAGCUUAUAAACAAUAACAUAAGUGAAAAUUAAUUUCUGGACAAAGUAUCUGCAAUGACAUUGUCUUUGCCUUUAAUAUGUUUGAUGUCCAAAUUAUAUUCUUGUAAAAAUAGGCUCCAUCUUAACAAUCUUUGAUUUUUGGAGACCAUCUUAUUCAAAAAUGUUAAAGGAUUGUGAUCAGUAAAAACAAGUACUGAAUGUAAAGAACAACUGACAUAAAAAUCAAAUUGUUGGAGAGCAAGAAUUAAACCUAAACAUUCUUUUUCUACAGUGGAAUAGUUUUUCUGAUGUGAGUUAAAUUUCUUUGAGAAAUAAGAGACAGGAUGAUCUACAUUGUGGUCAUCUUCUUGAAAAAGAACUGCACCAAUGCCAACAUCACUGGCAUCUACAGCUAAUUUAAACUGUUUGUUAAAGUCUGGUGCAAUGAGAACAGGAGCAUUAGCAAGUAUAUUUUUAAUGUUUUCGAAUGCUUCCUGACAAGCAUCUGACCAAUGAAAUUUUGCAUUUUUCUUUAACAUAUUACUUAAAGGAGAAGCAAUAACUGAGAAAUUUUUGCAAAAUUUUCUAUAAUAACCUGCCAUUCCCAAAAAUCUCAUUAACUGUUUUCUAGUAGUGGGUGGUGGAAGUGAUACAAUAGCAUUUAUCUUAGCUUGAACAGGCUUUACAUGACCUUGACCCACUAUGUGACCUAAAUAUUCCACAGUUGCAUGACAAAAUUCACAUUUAUUUAAAUUUACAGUUACAUUUGCCUGCAAAAAUUUUUUAAACAGAGAUCUUAAUUGGUUUACAUGAGUUGAAAAAUCUUGACUGUAAAUAAUUACAUCAUCAAUAUAGGCGCUGCAAUUUUCCUGGUCAGCAAUAAUGUUAUUUACAAGACGUUGGAAUGUAGCUGGGGCAUUUUUCAUUCCAAACGGCAUUACUUUAUAUUGAUAUAAACCAUCUGGAGUACAAAAAGCAGAGAUUUCUUUUGCUCUGUCAGAUAGAGGAACCUGCCAAUAACCUGAUAGUAAGUCUAUCUUGGUUACAUAUUUGGCAUCACCUAUUCGAUCUAUAAGAUCGUCUAUCCUUGGAAUCGGAAAGGAAUCAGUCUUUGUGAAUGCAUUCACUUUCCUGAAGUCAGUACAAAACCUGUAACUUUUGUCAGGCUUUGGGACUAAAAUACAUGGUGAACUCCAGUUACUAGAGCUUGGUUCAAUUAUAUCAUUUUCAAGCAUGUAUUUUAUUUCAGACCGGAUUAUUUCAAGUUUUUCCGGAUUGACCCUAUAGGGGUGUUGCUUGACCGGAACUGCAUUGCCAAUGUCAACAUCAUGUACAGCAAUGUUGGUUUUAUUAGGUACAUCAGGGAAGAGUAAAACAAAAUCUGCAAUAACAGACUUAACAACAUCCUUCUCUGACAAUGACAAAUGUCCUAGUUUCUUAUCUAAGUUGGCCAGUAUUUCUGAAUUUUUAAGUUUGUAAUUACCAACUUUUUCUGGGACACUAUCAAAGGUUUCAGUAACAUUUUCUUUAAGUACUGAAGUUACAGUUGAGAUUGUGUUAACAUUUGUUUCUGAGGAUGGACAAUGAUCAUCACAUUUUCUAUCAAAAUAUUCUUUUAACAUGUUAAUGUGACAUAACUGUUUCUUUCUUUUACGAUCUGGUGUUAACACAAUGUAAUUUAAAUCAUUGAUUUUGGACUCAACAACAUAAGGACCAAAAUAUCUAGCUUGUAGUGCUUGCCCUGGUAUCGGCAACAGCACAAGCACUUUGUCCCCUGAAGCAAACUGUCUGAAUUUUGACUUUUUGUCAUACCAAACUUUCAUUUUAGAUUGUGAAUCUUUUAAAUGUAAUUUAGCCAAAUUAACGGCAUUAAAAAGUUUAGUUUUAAAUUUUUGGACAUAGUCAAGAAGUCCUUCCGUGGGUGCCGAUGACAUCCACGUGUCUUUUAAAAGUUUAAGGGGACCGCGAACCGUGUGGCCAAACACCAGUUCGAAGGGGCUGAAUCCAAGUGAUUCUUGAACUGCUUCUCUUGCGGCGAACAGUAGCAUGUUGAUGCCUUCAUCCCAGUCUUUCUCUUGUUCUAGGCAGUAGGUUCUCAUCAUGUUCUUCAGCGUCUGAUGGAAUCGCUCAAGUGCUCCCUGUGACUCAGGAUGAUAUGCACUCGACAAGCAGUGUUCUAUGCCCAACUGUUUCAUCACUUGUUUGAAUAUUCCAGCCUUGAAGUUGGUUCCUUGGUCAGACUGUACAGACUUCGGAAGACCAAACAAUGUAAAAAACUUCGUCAAGGCUUUGACGAUGUUCGGAGUCUUGAUAUUGCGAAGAGGAAUAGCUUCUGGGAACCUUGUUGACGCACACAUGAUUGUCAGCAAGUAUUGGUGACCUGAUUUUGUCUUUGGCAGAGGUCCAACGCAGUCUAUAAUAACGCGACUGAAAGGUUCUUCGAAUGCUGGAAUGGGUUGAAGAGGAGCUGCUGGUAUCUUCUGAUUUGGUUUCCCUACAACCUGACAAGUAUGACAUGAUCUGCAGUAUUCAACCACAUCUUUCUUGAUUUUGGGCCAAAAGAAGUGCGACGUGAUUUUGUGAUAUGUCUUCUUUACUCCCAAAUGCCCUGAAAGUGGUGAGUCAUGGGCUAAGUUCAGGACUUCGUUCCGGAAUGGGGUAGGAACUACUAUUUGAUGAACUAUCCUCCAUUCUUCGUCAGCAUUUGCGUCUGGAGGUCGCCAUUUCCUCAAAAGUAUGUCAUCUUGAAGGUAAUAACAUAUAGGGAAUUGUUCAGCUUCUUCUUGGGUCAAAGCGUUCUCUCGAAGUUUGACUAUUUCUGGAUCACUCUUCUGUUCUUCAAUAAGUUGCAUUCGAGUUGGAGUCUUGUAAUUACUAGCCUCUUCAUUAAGACUUGCAAAAAAUGUUUUUCCCAGGUCAAUUUCAGGAAGAAUUUUAUUGCCUUUUUGUGAAAUCUCUUUUGUGGAGAUCUUGGAACUCAUGGCCCUUGUCACAGCACAUGCUGGAUACAAUUCUUGAUCUUCUUCCUGAUUUUCAUUUAAACAAGGUUCAUGAGUAACGAUGGGCUCGGCUAUCACCUUCCCACCAGCUAAGUCAUUGCCUAGCAGCAACGAGAUGCCGUCCAAUGGUAAUGUUGGUCGGACACCCACAACCACAGGUCCGGAGACUAAGUCUGAUUUUAGGUUGAUGAGAUGUAAAGGUACAUCUAUGCAUCCCAGCUCUACACCUCGUAACAGGAUGUUGCUCCCAGUAGCAGUAGAUUCAGAUAAGGGAAGUAUACCCUCAAGUAGCAAGGACUGUGAAGCACCUGUAUCUCGUAAGAUUUUGAUUGGUUGUAGACUGGAAAAAUCACCUGGCAGUGAUACGAAUCCUUCCGAUAUGAAAGGCAUGAAGUCUUGUAUGACAUCAGUAGUUUCUGAUGUAGAAUUUUGGACCUUGGUAGGUAAACUCUUGUUGGAGUCUUGAGAACAUUCGGCUAGGGUAGAGGAAGUAAAACUCUGGGUAGAGUCGUCAAAACUUGCACACAAGUCCUCAGUAAAACGCCCUCUGGAGGUAGACCUCUUCUUGGAGCAAAAGGAUCUUGGCGACAAGCUCAUAAAACUCGCAGUCGAAGCAGGAACUUGGCUGGAGUCAGUAAAACUAGCCUUAUUGUUCAUAAUGGAACUCUUUGAUGAGUCGUGACAAACCUCUUUGAAGUUUGUAUGGACAUCUGGAGAGCAAAAACUCUUGAAUUUUGAAAAUGUGUUUCCAGAUGUAUGACGAGACGUACAAGCGGAGACUUUGUGUUGUGUACCAGGAUGUGUGGUCUUCUCAGUUUUCUUCUUGAGUUUCCAGCAAUCAUCCCUCGUAUGUCCUUCUUUUUUACAGUAGGCACAUGUGUCUUUUGCACCAAUUUCUUUCGUACCGGGCUUGAAUGGUUUUUGUGGAGGUUUACUGUAAGUUGAUACAGCUGUCUUAUUGUGCCUGUCAUUUUUGGUGUCAGAUGGAUUCUUGGAAAGUUGAUGUGAGAUGGUGAAGUCGUCGGCUAACACUGCUGCCGUAUGUGCGUCACCUUCGCCACGGUCUGCAAUAUGUAUUCGCACCUCAGUACGAACACAGUUCUUGAACUCCUCCAUCAGAAUGAGGUUCUUGAAUUUCUUGAAGUCUGUCUCGGUGUUGGUUGCGUGCAGCCACUUGUCCAGGAGCCGUUCCUUUUCCCGGAGGAACUCAACAUGAGUCUGGCCAUCACGUUUCCACAGUUCCCUAAACUUUUUACGGUAUGCUUCGGGGACACAUUCAUAAGCCUUAAGUAUUAAUGAUUUUACUAGGUUAUAGUCCCCGCGCUGUUCCGCAUUCAGGGACACAAAGACUUCAGAUGCCCUUCCGGUCAAGGCUGGUUGAAGUAAGGUGGACCACAUAGUUUCAGGAAUUUUAAAAUUUUGGGCAGUUAUCUCAAACUGUGCAAAAUAUUGGUCAACCUCUUUUUCUGAAAAUUUAGGGAUUACUUUUGCAAAUUUAAUUGCAUCGCAACCUUGACCGGCUGGAGCCGUGAGUCUAUUUUCCAUUGCUCCCAAAUUGGCUGUUAUUUCCAUUUCUUUUAAUUUGAUUUGUAGCUCUUUCUGUGCUUCCAACUCCAGCUGUUUAAGCUCACGUUCUUUAUCUAGCUCCAGCUGUUUAAGCUCACGUUCUUUUUCUCUCUGGGCAUCUAGUUCCAUUUGUUUGAGCUUUAGUUGGAGCUCCAUACUUGGAUCAGUCGGUUGUGUGACUGAGGCAAGUUCAUCUUCAGAUAACAUGUCUUCAUCCACAAAGUGAACGAUGAUCAUGUCUCGUAUGGUCUUUUUUACGGCCGAAUGAGCUACAUUUAUUUCUAGAGCUUUAGCAAUGGAAAAUAGCUCCUUCCUAGAACAUUUGUCUAAUGCCUCUACUGAUGGGUUUUCAAUAUCAAAAUCCAUUUUGACACAGGCAAAAUAUAACAAUGAUUUUUAUAAAAAUUUAAGCUUAGUGCACACACUAAUGAAAAAAAUUGUAACCAGCUCUGUUGUUGGUGUCGUAAAAUGGUAUCGUGUACUCAAAAUUAAUCUGAGUAUAUUAAAGUAAACAGUGGGUCAAAAUCCACAGAAAAACACUCAAUUUAUUAUUGGUGUAAUAAAAAUUAUGGAUUAAAAUUAUCCUCGGAAAAUCCCACAAUUUGUUAAAAUUGGGGUCUAAUGAGAAUAAAAUAUGGAUUCGGUUAUCGCGGACGAUGCCCCCAAUUUGUUAGAAUUGGGGUCUUGAGAAAAAUAAUAAUAUAGAGUCCGCUAUAUCCGGGACGAGCAACCCAAAUUGUUACGCACUGACUUGUAUUGGGAGAAAUUAAUCUCCUAUUUUAAUUUUAAUUGGCUCGUUGUAAACAGUGCCUAACAAAGGACGAUACCAUAUAAUCAACAAUAUUAAAGAUACGACCCAAAACAGUUUCUAGUUACAAUUAAUUAAGAUUUAUUAAGUCUUAAGAUAAUUACAAAAUAAAAUAAAAUAAAAUUACAAUCUUCAACUUACAGUAUGGCAGAUGUCGUACCGGUACACAGUUAAUACAAUUAGAAAUAAUGAUGCCAAUAAAUAAUGCGGAAUAAACACAUAUAAGUAGGAGCACACAAAUACACAAAAGAAUAAAACACGCCUCGUAAUGUUAAGAAAAUCUAGGUGAAAAAUCUCCCUCGUCGUGCCUGUCAAUCCCUUAUAUAUAUGUAGAGUAAGAUGCUUCGAGAAGGGCUUAUGACGUGUUGUUUACAUAUCUCGGGUUAAGGAGUAUAUUCCAGAAAUUACCCGAAAACAAUCUACCCAAUGCGUAAUUGGAAGCCGAUUGUAAACAAGCCACUUCAAAGACCUAAGCCGCACCCCUUUGUGAACACAGCGUCUCAUGCGGGGUCAAUCAGAGGGCACACACGAGAAACACCAUGCAAACAGGCUCUCUGUAACAAUACGUUGACCAGAUUGAUAAAGUAGACAGUCUGUGCACAUCUGGACCAAAUGACUAGCUCCAAACACGGCACACCGUCGAUUCAGAUAUCAAAAGAUGUUAACUGGCUGCUAUAAAACGAUAAUAGAAUAAUAAUAAUAAUAAUAAUAAUUACAUAUGUAUCAAUCAACACUUAAAAGCAAACAUUAUUCAUGUGUACCCGUACUUCUUUAAAAAGAUAAAUGGACAGUAGACUAUUUAAAUGAGUUGUGGGGCGGGCAUCGCCUAACAUAUGAUUGAGAAGGUUUCAAAAAACAUCGAAACCAAAAAAAAAAAGGUUACAUCCGCUUGGCAUCAGGUCGUUUUGUCUUUCCCAGCGUGUAAAUUAUCACAUUUUGCGUAAAUGCAGCUCGCACUAGCAAAGUCUGUUGACUAACUAAAGAAAUUCGUUCACACACGCUUUGCAGCCUGUGGUUGAAAAAAAAAACAACAAAACAAACCCACCCCCAAAAAAAUAAACAAAAAAAAAAAAAAUAGCAAAGUCUGUUGACUAACUAAAGAAAUUCGUUCAAACACCCUUUGCAGCCUGUGGUUAAAAAAAAAAACAACAAAACAAACCCACCCCCAAAAAAAUCAACAAAAAAAAAAAAACAGCAACAACCACAACACAACAGUAUUAAAACGUAUUAACAUAAGAAUGGCUUUGGCAGUUCUUUAAGACAAUACAAAAUGCUUUAAACAAAAACUCGCUUUUCCAAAACUGUUCUUGGCAGUAGGCUGUACCAUGGACAUUAACCCCCAAACUUCAGAGUUGUCACAGUCACACGACUAAAAACCGUGGGACGCCCAUGAAAUACAUUGAUGUCGCAUGACAUGACGCACAGAAUGUUGGACACGCCCAUCAAAUACAUUGAUUUCGUAUGACAUGACACACAGAAUGUUGGACACGCCCAUGAAAUACAUUGAUGUCGCAUGACAUGACGCACAGAAUGUUGGACACGCCAAUGAAAUACAUUCAUGUCGCAUGACAUGACACACAUAAUGUUGGACACAUGUAUACGUUUGUGUUGUUGUCAGCAAACACGUGAGAAAACAGUUUUUUUUAUACAGGUUAUAUAAUCACGGGAUCUCACAACUACCUCGCACUACUUGUUGUAUGCUCCCUUCGGUAGUGAUCUUGACAAGCGGAAUGGAAUUAGCGGUAUCGCUGCGUGCAUGUCUUUGCGCUUUGCAAAGAACAUUGAGUUCAUGGGCUGUAACAACUCUGAAGUUUUGAGGGACAUUAUUUGAUAGUUAGUUAUAAUUCAUUUUCGGAAAAGCGUUAUUUCUAAAUAAAACAAAAAGUAUUUUUGUUUAUCUUCAUUUAUUUUGUACUUUUUAGUCUUUAUUAUCAUUAAUUUAUAUUCCUUUAUAGCCUGUUUGUAUUGUUCCGGGGUGGGUAAGUGUACACAUCAUCACCCCCAGUUAGACCUCAUGUAGUGGGUCAAAAUUGAGAUGCAAGUUUUCCCCCCACACACACACUAACAGCGGACAGAGCAACAUAAGAGAAAGCGUUUACAAAUAGUUUUCAUUUUCUGUUUUUCUAAAUAUCAGUGGGGGAGAAAUCUAGAAAUGAUAGAGCGAAGGAGAGAUAAAUAGUUUAUCGAGUAUGACAUGUUUGUUAUUAUCCUGCAGCGCGUCGUGUGACAUCAUGGACUGGUCAACUGUGUUGAUAGCCAGCACCGUCCUGCUGGUCAUCUACUGGUGGUUCUCAAGAAAAGACAACAAGCUACCCCCGUACCCAACGAAACCCUUACCCAUUGUUGGUCAUUUGUUCACCCUGAAGCCGGACGUGCGACCCCAGUUCAAGGAAUGGCACAAACGAUUUGGGGAGAUCUUCUGGUAAAAAGAUCCAAUAAAUAUGACCUUUGACACCAUAUUAACUUAAGUUAUGUUCAAAUAUUUUAUUGGCAAAAUCUCUUGAAUUUAAAGUAGAAUAUGUUACCAGAUCUUAGCCGGGUAAUAAUGGAAAGCAUGUUGCACCCCGCUGUUCCACGCCGUACCACGCUUUACCCACUGUACCAUGCUAUACCCGUUGUACCACACUGUACCCGCUGUAUACGCUGUACCACAUGGGCGCCCGCAGGUAGGCGCAAGGUGGGGUACUUUGCCCCCCCCCCCUGAAUUGAUUGGAUAAAAGAAUUUUAGACAAAAAUAGACAAAAAAUGUAUUAAAGUAAAGAGAAAAUAAAGAGAAAGUAACUAAGCUGAUGCCCUCUCCGUUCGUUCACCAUACAAAUACGCUACAGUAAAUUAAAACUACAUUAAAACAUUACUAAAAAAAAAUUGCCUCCCCCCCCCCUGGAAAGUUAAUCGAUUUUUUGACCGCCCUCCCCCCCUAGAAAGUUUUCUGCGGGCGCCCAUGCUGUACCAUGCUGUACCCGCUGAAGCACGCAUAAAUUUUACCCAAACCAAACACCUUGCACGGAAAUGGGCGUUGAUAUACAGCAUACACAUCUUCUUAUAUACAAUUGUUUAACGUACAAUAUUUUAAUAUUACAUGCAUACUUGAUGAGAGCAUAGCUUGAGAUACGAAGUUCGCGAAAAUUUAAACACAAUGGAAUGUUAGAAAGAGCGUUAACACCCAAGAACACAGUAUAGAGAUAAAGGCGAUGUAGGGCCUGCAUGGAAUCGCCAAUGAUUGUCUCUUUGAAAUAUUGCAUGUAAUCGGUGAGUUGCGUUUAAUAUUGACGUGUAACAUUCAACACCCAUAAGAUGCGCAUUGAGCACUCUCCCGUUGGCACAUAUUUUAACAGGCUAAAUCAUUACAGGGACCCUACCUGCCGACAUUGCAGCCUGGUCCCAGAUUCUCUAGCGCAUCUGUUGACCCAGUGUCUCCCUCCCUAGAGGUUUCAAGGGAGGUCAGGGCGGCGGGAGAGCCCUACGUGAGAAAAAAAAAUGUUACAUGGCAAAUUUUAACAGAUGGAGCUGAUCGCCAAUGUACUAGCCGGGGUCUUAAGAGAGUAAUCUCAGACCCCUCACCCGAAUAUGUGCGUUUGAUAGUUCUACAUUAAACAAAAAUCUUAAUCAGAUAAGAAAGAGAAUGUAACACAUGCUGUUGUAUUGCCGAUAGAGCAUGGUUAACUAAUGCCUUAUUCACUGUCAUGGAUGCCGCUAUCACUUCCAUCGUUAAUUCUCUCACUCUUCAAAUUCAAACUUAGCUGUCCUCUCACACAAUGAAUUGUCAGCGUCCAAUGAAAUUAUACUGUACUUUAUUAUAUAAAUUAACACAACAAUAAUAAGCCUUGCCAAGAUAUCCUGCAAUAAUUCUAGGAUGCAAUUAUCACACACUUAUUCAAUAUUCCACAUCAAAAUUGAUUCACAAUACUUCAAUAAUCCAUAUGAGAGAAAAUAAAACAGGUCUGCUCCCUGUCAGAUAAAAUCGUGUACUGCACCGCUCUACUAAAGCGUGCGGUCUACUUACGCUCUAGAAUUUAGUUCCCUAUUUUUCUCGGAACUCUCAAUGUUAUAAUAAAAUUACUACGCCAUUCUGACAUGAUAGUGUCGUGUGUAAACUCGACACAGCCAACUUGGUCUGUUACAGAGAAUUUUUUUUUUUUUUUUUUAAAUAAAGAAGGAGAAUUCGUUGUUUGUAAGAAGGUGCCAACGGAACAUCUACUGCCAGUAUAGCUACUGCGAUGAGUAGAGAUUGUGUUAAUAAAGUGUUAUGAUUGUGAGAUCAGAUUAACUGUAACUAAAGUAGACCAUUAUUUUAUAUCAUGUGACGGGUAGCUCAUUGUGUCCCACGUCAAAAGUUUGUGCAACUGAAACUAUUAUUACUGCCAUGCUAUCUAUUUUAUUCCAGUUUAAACAUGGCGGGAAGACACCUGGUCAUUCUCAACGGAUAUGACGUCAUUAAAGAAGCUUUUGUGAAAAAGGCCGACGAGUUUUCAGACAGAGCCCCUUUCUUCUUUGACGAGGUAUAAAAAAAAACAACACAUUUAGACUUCUUCAUGAAGCAUGUAGCCUUUUGCUUGUUAUUUAAUAAAGAAAUUUAAUGAUGUACUAAAUAUCAGGUUGAAACUGACCAUUUAAUGCCAACCAAAAUACAGUGGUACCUCGGGUUACGAACUUAAUUCGUUCCAGAACUCGGUUCGUAACCCGAAACGUUCGUAACCCGAGGCAUCACUGUACAUUAUGUUUGGUUAUCAGGAUGAUUGACUGGUUGAUUGUUUUUUUUUUUGUGUUUUUUUUUUUAUACUUUUGCAGGCGACUGGAAUGUUUAACAAAGGAAUAACGUUCGCCAACGGACAAAACUGGAAGGAACAAAGGUCGGUGACGUUGUCCAUUCUCAGAAACUUUGGCAUGGGCAAAAAUCUCCUGGCGGAACUGAUCCAAGCCGAGGUCGAGGCCUUCGUAGAGCUGGUGGUCAGUUUAAAUGGGCAGCCCACGAAUAUGAGGGUCAACACCAACAUGACCCUGGCCAAUGUCAUCAGCGCAUUUGUCGUCGGUCGGAGAUUCGAGUACGACGACCCGACGUUUCAGGAACUCAUGAGAAAGCUGAGGAUUCUCGUCGGGGGUCAAACGGCCAGCGAAUACAUCAACUUUCUCCCGUUUCUCAGCAAACUGCCUGGGGAUUAUUUCGGCGCCAAGCGCCUGGCGGCUAACGCGAAGGAUGUCAUGGAUUUCCUAUUAAAAAAAUUCGUCAGGGAAAUGAGGAAAGAUAACCCAGACGCGGACACGGCGAACAACUUUGUGGCGGCUUACUUGGUGGGCAGAAACAAGAAAACGAAAGCCGGCGAACUGACGCUCGAGGACGAGGAAAACAUCGUCAAGACCAUAAGCGACCUCUAUCUGGCAGGCGCGGAAACGACCAGCACGGCGCUGCUCUGGCUCCUGCUGUACGCAACCGCACACCAAGACGCGCAGCAGAGAGUCCACGAGGAAAUCGAGAGGGAGAUCGGCAGCGAGCGUCACCCGACAAUCCAGGACAGGACAAAGCUUGUGUACCUCAACGCCUUCAUCUUGGAGUCGCAGAGGCUGGCCAGUGUGGCCGGCCUGGGGUUCACCCACCUCAACCCCGAGGAGGCGACGCUGAGAGGGUUUAAAAUUCCCAAAGGAAGUUUCAUUAUCCCGAAUUUGGACUCCAUCCUGCACGACAAGAAAAUCUGGGGCCCUGACGUCAUGUGCUUCAAACCGGAACGGUUCAUCACGAACGACAGAAAACUGAAAAUUCCGGAACAGUUCAUUCCAUUCUCCAUCGGGCGCCGCGUCUGCCUUGGCGAGGGUUUGGCCAACACGGCCAUGUUCUUGUACGCGGCCGCCUUGUUCCAGAGGUUCCAGAUGUUGCCGAGGGACGUCACCUCCCCUCCUGAGGUUAAGUACGUGUUUGGUCUGGAUGUUUCCCCGGUGCCUUUUGAGGUUCGAUUUAUCGACAGGAGGAAGAUUUGACUUGAUUUUAAGACCUGGGAAUGACAUGGUUACGAUGAACUACUCGUUUGUUUCCAUGAAUAAUUUGUCAGUUGUCGGUAUUUUGUUUAGCAAGAAUAGCGACACAUUUUGUUUUUUUCAUAUUUUCUCAUAUGUUUCUGUUUUUGUGAAUGUAGAAAGUUGUAAGAUUUUAUUCUAAAUAAAAAUGAUGCCACCAGGGCCGUAUUAAGACUUGCGGAGGCCCCGUGGGCAGCUCCAAUUUUCCUUCCUUUCCAUUGGCAAAUAAAAAUGAAAAAAUAAAAAAAAAGGUUAGCCAGAGGUUUAUAUAUAUAUAUUAAGGCGUUAAAUCAUAUUCAUAAAGUCUAUAUGACGUCUAGUUUUGUUUUGUAGGGACUCACUUUCGAGAGUUGAAACUGAGCAGGUAUUUCUUAAAGGUACGUUCAUGCACCCCCCCUCCCGCACCCUCCCCC